UAGCGCGCGCGGGGCGCCUUUGUCCGGCACAGGCGGCGGGGCCGGAGCGGCCGGAGCGCGGCCGAGUCCCGUGUCCGGUGUCUGUCCGUCUGUCCGUGCCCUCUGUCCGGCCCUGUCCCCGUGAUGACUCUGGAGGAGCUGCCCGGGGAGCGCCGCGCCGCCGGGAGGAUGGAGCAGGCGGGGGACGCGCUCGAGGAGGUGCUGAGCAAGGCGCUGAGCCAGCGGAGCCUCACCCUCGGCGUCUACGAGGCGGCCAAGCUGCUCAACGUGGACCCCGAUAACGUGGUGCUGUGCCUGCUGGCGGCCGAGGAGGAGGARGCGGGGGACGCGGCGCUGCAGAUCCACUUCACUCUGCUGCGGGCCUUCUGCUGCGAGAACGACAUCAACAUCCUGCGCGUCAGCAACCCGGCUCGCCUGGCGCAGCUGCUGCUGCCCGCCGCGGGCCCCGACCCGCCCGCAGACCUGCACUGCGUGCUCGUCACGAACCCGCAGGCUUCGCAGUGGAAGGAUCCAGCGCUGAGUCAGCUGAUGUGUUUCUGCCGGGAGAGCCGGUACCUGGACCAGUGGGUGCCGGUGAUCAACCUCCCGGAGCGGUGACCCCGAGCCCAGCCCCGUCCCGCUGGAGUGGUGCAAGACUUUCGCAGUUGCUCAGGAAGGAACUCCCUGCCCCGGCUCCAGGAUUCCGGGGCGGGCGGGGGGGGAGGAAAAUUUAAACCCAACAACAAAAAAAUAUAUAUAUAAAAAAAAUAAUAAAGCUAAAACAUCCGGGGGGUGGGGUUUGGCUGCAGUGGAGCGAUGCUGAGCGUGGAAACCCCGGAAAGCGGCGCCUGUGGAGGGAUGAGCCCAACCCGAGGUGCCCCCCCAGAGCUCCCCUCACUCUUUCUGUCCUUAAGUGCCACUUAAAGUUCCUGCUUUAAACACCUUAAUGAGCAAACGAGGUUAAUCGAGGCCUUUUGCCGGCAAUGUUGUAUUUUUGGGAUGUUAAUUCUCACGUUUUUAUGCURAGAUAUAUAAUAAUAAUAAGUUAUUUUCUGAUAUUGAUGGAAAAAUUAUUUAUACUUGGAGGUYUGAGAACCGAAGUGCCCUCAAGCAGUUGGUCUGCAACCACGAAAUCUUCUCCCAGUUGGCUGCAAAAGCAGCGGCGUUAAUAUAAUUGUUUGAAAUUCGAGUGUUUUUUUGGGGUUUUGGUGUUCUUGUUUUGUGUUUUCUUUUUUUUUGAAAUAAAGUGUAAAAUCCAACCUUUG